CUCGUCGUGCCAGCAUCGUUUUCGCGUGUCGCGUGCCGUACACAUUUUCGCUUGCAAUCGUGCACCAUCGCAGGAUACAAACGAGUACAUGCAGGAUAACCGACAUCAUGUGCAUACUCGUACAGCGUCACAAUAUUUAAACAAUUAACAUAUUAAAAUUAUUGCAAAUACGGACAUAAUAUUAUUGCAAAUAUGAACGUAAAUUAAUGCGUGUGUAAAUAACUGUAGUGUAAGAUGUGGAUUUGGAUUGUUCGGUAGUGUCCUUGAUCGAAAGACGUUUGAUAUCGUGCGUGUGCGUGAUAACUGGAUAUUGCGAUGCAGGUGCGCGCAAGUAACCGAAACAAGAAGAAAACUGAAAUGUGUACGAUGUUCGGGCUGUGCUGGUGGUUGCUGUGUGUUGGGAUAGUGAUCGCGGCGAUGUCGACCUCAAUGUCCUUUGCGGACGCGCUAUCAAUCACAACACAGGAAUAUGGAGAGUGCCGUGCGGCGCUCGGGAUGGAAGAGGGGAGGAUUCCGGACCAUGCCAUUUCGGCGUCGUCCUCCUACGAGGCCAAAUCGGUCGGACCACAAAAUGCCAGGAUACGCCAAGAGAAAAAUGGCGGUGCCUGGUGUCCAAAAGCACAGAUCAGCAGUGAAAUACGAGAAUAUUUAGAAGUGGAUCUACAGCGAAAUCACCUCGUAACGUGGACUGAAACGCAAGGCCGUUUCGGUAACGGACAGGGACAAGAAUACGCCGAAGCUUUCUUGGUCGAAUACUGGCGAGCUGUUUUGAACCAAUGGGUGGUUUAUAAGGACGCUCGAGGCGAGAAGGUUUUAACCGGGAAUAGCAACACGUAUCUGGUGGUCAAGCAACGUUUGGAGUUGCCAUUCAUCGCUAGUAAAGUGCGUUUCAUUCCGUAUAGUGAACAUCCGAGGACCGUCUGCAUGCGGGUUGAACUUUAUGGAUGUUCAUGGGAACAGAAUCUGGUCAAGUACGAAGCGCCGCGCGGCGAAAUCCGCGAACCGGAUGUGGAUCUCGAGGACGUGAGCUACGACGGCGUGCUGGACGGCACGUACAUGAAAUCCGGGCUGGGUCAGCUCGUCGACGGGCUCUACGGCGACGAUGAUUAUCACAAACAGCUACAGGGCGAAAAUUCAGGUAGCAGAUGGGUCGGCUGGAGGAACACCACGCUCGCGGGCGCUCCGCUGGAGAUCGUGUUCGAGUUCGACAAUGUGCGAGACUUCAGCGCCAUUCAUCUGCACGCCAACAACAUGUUCACCAGGAACGUACAGGUGUUUGCUAUGUGCGAGGUGCAGUUUGGGUUGGACGACGACAGCUAUCAGGACUCGAUUGCCGUCCGCCAUGUUGUUCCGGUCGACCGUUCGCGGGAAUCCGCUCGGAAUGUGAGCAUCUCGCUCAAGAACCGUGCGGCCAAAUUCCUCAAAGUCCGCUUGUACUUUGCAUCCGAGUGGAUUUUGCUCAGCGAAGUUGCUUUUGAAUCUGUUUUAACAACAAAUAACUUGACUGAAGACGUCGUUGAAAAAUACAUUGUUCAAUCAGAUGUGACCUCAACCGCCACAACUCCUAACCCGAAUAAAAAGUUGAAAAAAAUUGAAAGUACACACGCACGUAAAGAAGUCACCCCUGCAACAUCACCCACUUCCACUGCACAAGCUUAUAUUGGGUUGAUAACCGGAGCGUUAGCCAUGGUUGUCUUGUUACUGGCCUGCGUUGUGUUUCUCAUGAUUCGUAGAGGACGAAAAAAAGUAGCGCUGCUACACAAACACACUGCUCUGGUGUCGAGUAGCACUAAACCAGGGGUGACUAUCAACAUGAAAGACCUACAGAUGCACAUGUCUACACCCAUCAUAAACAACGGGUUGUCCAGGUCAAGAUUGUCGGUGAAAAGCAAGGUGAAUACUUUAAAUGUCCUGGACGUGAACGGCGCUGGUGGUGGCAAGAAUGGCAAGAAGAAUAAAAAGUGUAAUCUGUAUGGGCACGUCAACGGUGAAGAAUCGGAUAGUGAGAAUUCUUCGGUCUACCAUGAGCCGUACAAGCUACUCCCGAAUGCGAAAACUGAAUAUGGUUGUCUGCUGAAAAAGGAUGCGAUUUGCAAUGGGACAAAGACGGAAUACAGUGACUUUGGCGGCGCAAACGGCUGCUUCCCGGAAGAGUUGAAGACAUCGUUCUACAACACUCUUACGCCGCCACCCCCACCGGCGUCGCGACCACCCACGUCGGCGAAUACAACCUACGAUGCUAAUGGUGGUGUUGUAGGGGCUGAAAACUACUACGCAGCUACUGAUAUCAUUAAGAGUGAAAGAAGAGAACAACACUUCACGCCCGGACGAUUCACGCCUAUAAAACUGCCUGAAGGUCAGCCAAUCGAUGGUGUCGCCCUUUUGGAUUUCCCGCGCCACCGACUGCGGCUGCUGGAGAAAUUGGGCGAGGGCGAUUUCGGAAUGAUACAUCUUUGCGAAGCAGAAGGCUUACCAGAUUUCAACGGCGGUUCGUCCUUUCACAAGAAGCAGCUGGUCAUCGUGAAGAGUCUGUGGCGAGGAUGCGCCGACUCCAAACGGCACGAGUUCCUGCGCGAGAGCAGCUGGCUGGCGGGCCUGCGGGACACGAACAUCGCACGCGUCGUCGGCCUCUGCAGCCAGGAUGAGCCGAUGUGCGCAUUGCUGGAGCACGCCGACAUGGGUGAGCUGCCGCGCUUCCUUGCCCAGCGCGCCAACGAGGACGACAAUCAAUGUCCGGCGAUUAGCUACGGUUCGCUGAUCUACAUCGCGACGCAGAUCGCUUCCGGCAUGAAGUACAUGGAGUCGCUGGAGCUCGUGCAUCGGGAUUUGGCCGCUAGGAAUUGUGUGAUUGACAAGAACUUCACAGUAAAAAUUUCCGAUCAUGCAAUGUACUGCGAUCGUUUCGAAGGAGAUUAUUAUAUUAGCGACACCAAAAGUCGCCUACCAAUCAGAUGGAUGUCUUGGGAAAGUCUUCUCUUGGGCCGACAAACAACGAAAAGUGAUGUUUGGUCCUUUGCGGUGACACUGUGGGAAAUCCUGAUGUUGUGCAGUCAGCAGCCAUAUGCAGAGCUGACCAGCGAGCAGGUGGUAGAGAACGGCAACCGGUGGUAUCAAAACGACGGCUGCCAACGCUAUCUCCCCAGGCCGGCGGCAUGUCCGCGCGAAAUCUACGACCUGAUGGGCGAGUGCUGGAAGCGCAACGCCGCCGACCGCCCCCGCUUCUCAGAGAUUCAUCUCUUUCUUCAGCAUUCCAUGUAAAUCCCCCUUCUCCACAAAAUUGGCAUCAUUCACAUAGGCUAAUUGCGUCAUCACAUAUACAUAACCUCACUCGGUCACUAUUCACCAUCAUCACACACAUGGACACACCACACGUACGAGGUAUGUAACCCGGUUAACACACAUCUAACCUUAACAUAAACAUAAGGCUGAUCGUUUCUCUUUCACCCCCGCGCCCUUUAAUAAUAAAUUUUACCCCGAUGACGAGUAUCGAUUCAAUGGUUGUACGAUUUAUGCGCGUGUAGAAGUAAAUGAAAUUUGAAUUAAUUAAACAUAUAAGUGUAUAAAACGUAUUGUGAUAUUGGCACGUUUCCACAGUCGACAAUUCGGUAAAACCAUAUCUUUAUAUUAUUAAUAAAAACCAUCGUCGAUGAGAAAAAAAAAAACAAAUAAAAAUACUAUUUGUACUUAACUUAAUUGAAACAACACACAUACACAGACAUAACACACUCGAAACAAAACACUUCUUGAAUUAUGAGCUUCCUCUAUUUGAUGUAUAAUCUUCUAUACACGACGAAACGAUAACUAAUUACGAUAAACUAAUCAUAAGUCGAUUUGAAAUUGAUUUCCAUCAUACAUUCAUUCAUUGUACAUACCCCAUUUAUAUUAUUGAUAUUACGAGAUGAUCAAAACAUGUUAUUUAAACUAAAGAGAAUCAGUAUUAGUACGAAGUCACGCAUGUGACAUGACGUGACUUCACAAUGGCGGUUUGCACACAAUGAAAUUUAAAUAAAAAAACAAAACGUUACAAGUUUUGCAACUAACGAGAACGAACACAAGUGAAUUCUAGUCAUACGCAAAAAUUUAAGAAAACGAAAAAAACGAACAAAUAAAACGAUAAGGUGUUGUUAAUAUACUGUAUAAGUAAUUAAUUAGUAUGAUAAGAAUUGAUUAUCAAUUAAAUUGCUUACAAAUCACUUCUUGUUCUAUAAAUCAUUUCAUUUCAAUUCAUUUGUAUUCAUUUAUACAUUUGUGCUCGCUUGUUUUCGAUCUUCGAAACAUGUGUCUAAAACCUUUCCAGUGCCAUUUCAAACCCUUGUACAUAUUAAUUAAAAAUUUACUAAUACCAUAAAGAAAAACGAGUAAACGAUAACUGUACAUAAUGAUAUAAUUAAAUAUAUUUAUUUAAAUUAACAUUAAUUGCACACACAUUCACACGCACACACUCAUACGAUUAUUUUUAGACUCUAUUGUAAAUUAGUGAUGAUCUGGGGAGUUUGGUUGGUCAUUACAAAAAUAUCCCCGGAUAUGACGUUUGCCAAACAUUGGUUAACUUCUAAAUGAAUGUAUUUUCUACUGACACGUUUCAUUGUUGUCACUGGUCACGCGCGACACACUUGAACAAUGAAAUUAAUAACCGAACUAACAAACACAACCAAAAAUAAAACACCUCUAGAUGUAUUAAGGCUCGAGAAGAAUGACUAAACUCGUAUGCCAUAUUGACAAAAUUUACGCGUAAUAUAUGACAAAUAUGGCGGACGAGUUUACGCACGUAUUUAGAGCUCACAGAUGUAUCGAAUAAUAUGUGAAUUGUACGUUUUUAUCCGUUUCUUCAAACAAGCCCCGAAACUCUGUCAAACACGAAAAAUGUAAUCCUUAAAUUUCCAGCACAGGACAAUCAAGUGCAAGGCGCAGCAUAAGCUUAAUAGAUACAAUUUUAAUUAGCACAUAUGACGAAUCAUACGAUAACACAAUAAUUAAACGUACAUUUAAUAACCGAGCAUAAACUACUAAGGAAACUAAAGAUACUAACGAUACUAAAGAGCCAACAUUAAAUCCAAAAUACCUACAUAAAUUUAAUCGUUUUUAAUGCAUAUUUAUAAAUGUGUUGCACAAUGAUGAUGAAGAAAACAAAAGAAAAUAAAAUACAAUUCCGUAAUAAUUAA